AUGGCACAGCAACGGGGUCACGAUGAUUACAAGGUGGCAUGGAUCUGUCCGCUGGAGGUCGAACAAAUCGCUGCGCUGGAGAUGCUGGAUGAAGAACAUCCUGCUCUCCCCAAGUCCCCAGCAGACCACAAUGUGUACAGUCUGGGGGCCGUCAAUGGACACAAUAUCGUCAUCGCCGGCUUAUACCAACCUGGAAACUGUUCCGCGGCUACGGUCGUAGCACAGAUGAGGAUGACGUUUCCUAAUCUUAGGUUCUGUCUUUUGGUGGGCAUCGGCGGUGGGGUUCCAGUCGAAACAGACAACGGGAUGAUUCGCCUAGGUCAUGUUGUGGUCAGCAAGCCUGCGGCUGGCCAUUCUGGCGCUCUGCAGUAUGAUCAUGGGAAAGCGAGGGAUGGCCAUUUCCAGCGCAUAGGAGCCCUAGCACCGCUGCUGGCAGUCCUUCUCAAUGCUGCACAGGACCUGGAAGCAAAACGAGCAAGACUGCAUAUUGACCUAGUGUAG